CAGAGCUUCUCCUGUGAACGUGCAGAGCAGCUGUGGACUUGUACCUUGUGUGUGGCUUUUAAUGCUCUCAUUUUCAGAGACGUGAUAUAAAGCUUGCUUCAGGUACAAGUACUGGAACAGGAAAUAUCUUAAACGUGAAGGUAUCUUGGGGUAACACUGUCCAUCUAAUCCAAUGGGACUUUACUUUUGUUGGACCCUGUGUUUGGCAGCUGCUUCAGGUUGCUGAGAUGACUUGCAGACUAUGGCAGCGAUAUCCGUUAGCUCAUUAACCACUUCGGGAGUGAUGGCGGCUGAGUUCAUCAAAAACUGUUGCAAGGGCCUGCUGUCGAAAGAGAAAGAAGCUGAACCUGAAGCCAUAAAGAAACGUGAUGCUCCGUCCACGUCUAGGAAGUCUCUGAGUGACACAGAGAGUAAACAGCCGCCGGUGGGAUCCGUUUUUGGGAAGAAGCAAGUCGGAUGCACCGAGCACUUCCUCCUCUCCAGAUUGCCUUUGGAUGGGAAGCAGGUCCCUUUUGUUGUGCCAACCCUUAAACCAUCCUACAUCCAACCCAACAGUCAGUUGAACUCCAGCUACCUGGAAGGACUGCAAGGUUCAGCCAGGAGUAUGUUCACUGACAGGAAGGGGGAGCUGUCUGGUAUGAGUCAGCUUGGGGUAGAUCCUGAUGCGGUGUUCCACCCCAGCUAUAUGCUCCAUCAUGUGUCUCCGGGAUCAGCAAGACGUCCAUCUCAGCAAGUAAAGGGACUGAACAAACGUGGAUCAGUGUGGGACUUGAAAGGCAACAAGUCACCAGUCUCCCCAGGUUUAAGCAGCUCCAUGUUUGAUCUUGCUACACCACACAGUCACAUUCAGCGCUAUGACUCAGUGUCCAGUGUCCAAAGCAGUGAGUCCUCUAUGAGAGAUUCCCUGGGGAGUAAUCGCAGUCUAGAAUCCAUAACUCACUCCGGGGAUGAAAGGGAGUUGGGGAAGCUGCAUGUGAGACUGUGUUAUCAAGCUUCUCAUGAGCAGAUUUGGAUCACAGUAGUCAGGUGCAAAGACUUAUAUUUGAGCGGAGACCAUCCUGAUAUCGGGAUUAAAGGGACCAUCACCUUACCAAAGCCAGUGCGGUUCAAGUCUUCAGUCAAAGAAGGCACUCAUGACCUGGAGUUCAUGGAGACCUUCGUGUUUGCUCUGAAGCUGCAGCAGCUCCAGACAGUGGGCCUGGUGUUUAAGGUGCUGACCCACCACCCUCGGAAGAGAACCAUUGGGGAGUGUGCCAUGUCCCUGCGCAAGCUCAGCUCAGUGGAGAGCGAACAUUGGCUGGACAUCACUCCCAUUUCCAAAGCCCUGCCCUGCCAUGCUGAGCUCAACAUUGGAACCUGUUUUCAGCCAGUCAGCAGCAGGAUUCAGCUGCAGAUUCUGGCAGCACAGAACCUCCCCAGCUCUUCCACACCACUGGGCCCAAGUUUCUCUGUGAAGAUGGAGAUGCACGAUGUGAAUGGUCUGGUUGCUAAGAAGAAGACCAGAGCGCUGAAGUCCACCAAUGGGCAGGUGAAGUGGGGCGAGACCUUCCUGUUCCCCAUCGCACAAGAGGAGCAAGGCAUCCGUUUCACUGUCCGACUGUACAGCCGCAGCUCUGUGCGGAGGAAACACUUCCUAGGCAAGGUCCAGAUGGGCUGGGAAAACAGCUCCAGUGAGGCAAAAGAACAGUGGAUGGAUACGACCACAAACCCUGAAAAGGUGGUAGUCAUGUGGCAGAAGCUGAAUCCAAUCUGAGGGAGUCCUUUCUAUAGGAACUGUGUACACUAUAAUGCUUGGACAUUUUUUUUUUUAAUGUUUUUGUUUUUUUAAUUGUAGCUUACAACUGGACUACCUUCUAGUGCUUGUAUAGUUACUGGACAUUGUUAAUUCUCAUGGAAGCAAGCAAACUGCCUUUUUUGAAGAAACUUCAUUCAUGGAGUUAUCAAGGACAACUCUUUUCCAUAAUUAAUGUGGUCAACUGCCUCCUAUACAGUUUAAAGUAACUGACUUACCGUGACUGGUCAUAUUAUGGACAAAACAGACUUCAUUGUGAAAUGGCUUGUCUUACCUUUUGAAAACUGAUCAGUGUAAGAGAUGAGAAUUCAAGACCAAUCGUAAAAGAAAGUACUAAAAUGAUGUUUCAAAUGGUCAACAUACGUGCUCGCACUGAGCACAUUAAGUACAAGUCUCUGAUUACUGAAUCUGUCUCUGCAUUACCGGGAUUUCAUUGUUUUUUAAUUCUGUUGUGUGAAUAGGAUGUCUUGGUGUCUGAUUUUUCAGCAAAGUGCCUUUUUAUUUAUUUAUUUAAGAUACCAGUUAAGUCUUUCCAACUGUGUCCUAUAGGCACAGGAGACUUGUAAGCAAGUAUGCAAAUUGAAAACCACAAACUCCACAGGAAAAAAAAAAAAAAAAAAAGCAAUAAUGUCUUUGUCAGUAAUGUGUAGUUGUAUUAUACGGUAUAUUAAACUAAAUUUAGCGUUUCAUUAGAACUCAAAUACACAACAUAAUUUGUGCAUCUUUCAGUGAGAGCUAUGAAGUGAUGCCAAUACAUAUUAGGUAAGAUUUAGUAGAAUUAUUUAGCUAGUUCAGUGUACUUUAGGAUUGUACUAUUUUUGGUCAGAUUAGUAAUGGAUAGUAAUGUCUGAGAGAAGGUAGGCUAACAAUGUGCAAUAUAUACAUGAAGAAUAGACUUAUAUAUAUAUAUAUAUAUAUUCUUGUAGUUUACAAUAUGUUGGAUAUAUUUAAUCUUUUAAAAACUAUUUAAACUUUUAUUAAAUAUGUUUUUGUAGUGAGAAGAAAACAAAUAAUGUUUUCAGGAGUCUGCACACAGUACUUAUAAAUGAAUAACGCUGCAUAAGAUCUGGUUAUAAGUAAUUCAAUUCGCUUUUGUAGGUUAAUUGUUACUGUUGGGGACUCAUGAUCAAAAGCCUUUGGCUGCUUAUUUCCUGUUAUACUGGAUUCAUUUUUUUUUCUUUAUCAUUAAAAGUUUCGUCAUUAAAUACAGGUGUGUAAAUGUGCACAUUAAUAAAUAAAAAGGAAACUCCAUGCAAAGAGGAAAAUCAAACGAGUAAUUGCUAUAGGACUGUAAUCUGUUGCUUUGUAAAUCCAUGGCAAAUAAAAAAAGAAUCUUGAGAAUGUUUGCUAAUGGGUAGGUGAGGUCCAUUUAAUUCGUAUGUUGUUGCUAUAGAAACUAUACUCCCACUCCUAACCAGUUAAGGUAAUAAUUAAACAGCAAAUGUAAAUGUCUAUGAGCGUUGGUGGCAGGUAAAUGUGAUGCCCCAAUAGAACCAUACCUCCUACUUAAGAUUGGCAAUAACAUUCAAAAGCUUAGUUUUGUUUGCCUUGUAUAGAGUUGUGUUGCGGAAUGUGCCAGGACAAUGGCAAAUGAGAGCCUCAGUUUUCUCUGGUUAAAAUAUUAAAAUUUACUGUCUAGUCCCCAAAUGACUUUACACCCUAUACAAAGUACUGGGGCCUCAGUGUGAGGCAGCGGUCUUUGACAUGUCCGGUUUCAAUGCAUUGUAAUAAAGAAAGGAUCAGGAUUGUGUAGUUGUGACAAUUUCAGUCUAUUCUUCGUGCUGUGUAUCCAGGAUCUCGCUUGUUUAAUUGGUUUCAUGUGAAUCUGAGCUGUUUAACCAUGCUGGUGGGAGCCUUUUCAUCCUGUUUACUUCUGUUCACUUUCACACUGAAAUGUUCAAACGAUUUGAAUGUGUAUGUAGGAGCUGUGAUUGAUUUUAGCAAGGCUUUCAGAAAUGUUUGACUAGAUAGGGUAAAAAUAAAUUUACAUGGUUGCCUGAGGCAGCUGAGAAAAAAUGCUGUAAUCAUUUUUAAGAUUGUAAGACUAUCUAAGAGCUUUUAACCCCUGUUUAGCUUGUUGUUCAAACAGAAUUUUCCACUCAUUGACAAGGUAACAAGAUGGGGGUCUUUUUAAUUAAUCUAAGCAGUGGUGAAUCUAAAUACUAAAUUAAAUUAGGACCAAACUUGUCAAACACACAUCCCCCUUAUCCAAAAUGGUUACAAAAGCCCACAAAUGACGAUAACGAAUCACUGUAUUGCAGGAGCCAAUUUUUAGAGUAAGCUAAGGAAAAAAAUAUCCCACUCAGUAAUUUUGCACAGUAAAUGGAUUAUAUCAUAUUACAUAGUAACUUUUUUACUUAGAUUUGACAGGCCUAUGAUUAUCUAUUCAGAUAUUUAGUAAGCAAGUAAAUACCUAACCCAAGCACCACAAACAAGCAAGCAGUUUAUACAGUGUAUACACUUUUCUGCAGUUUUGAGUGUUAUUUCCUAGACUAACAGUGUCGAGGAUUUCUACAUCUACAACUGACUUCUAGCUGUGAAAUAUACUAUUUAAUACACAGUUGCUCUAAAAUGGCUAUUUUUUAACACCAACUGGGCAGCAGCAGAAGCCAUUUAGAUGUGUGUCCAGUUUGCUAUUUUUUAAUGGUGAUUCACGAGUAAUCCCCUAUUUGCAUUGAAUUUCUAUGAGGAAUGUUAAGAAAUCAAUUCUUGAAUCUGGAAAAUAAAUACUUCGAUCUUUGUACAAUUUUUAUAAUGGAAAACUGCCAGAAAGAUCUCACAUAUCCUUCAUUAUAUUUGCAGAGCUUAAUCCUAAAAUACAUAUGUUUUUUAAAUCAUGCCAGGAGUAUUAGUUUUCCUUUUGUGAGUUUGUAUUUCACAAACACAUUUUAAGUGCACUCUGUUCCAGUUCAAAUAUUGCAUAACUAUUUUACCGUGGCAAUACGGUGGCUUUAACACGUUGUCUCAACAGUUGUUAAAAUUGAUAAAGAAGAACACUUAGCAGCAAUUGACUUCUCGU